CGAUUAUAACGGCCGCCUUUGUUGGGGGAUAAUAGCUUGUCUUUUACCGGAACGAGUACUUCGCAGAACCGAAUACGAUUUGUCGGGCUUCGUCUGUACCCAACUCCUACGAGAUCAAUAUACCUGGAGGAUAUCUUAUUGUAUAUAUUACGUUAAUAUCCCGAAUGCUUCCUAUGCGAUUUUGAAAACGCUCGAACGACCGAUAACCGCGGGGGCCCCUUAAAGGCAAGGAGGCAAUUGUUGGGAACCACUUCGUCCACUGACCCUCUACGGGUCUAUACGAUAGGAUGGAUGUUUGGAUCCAGGUACAGCACGUAACGUCUAGGCGGGAUCUAAAUCCGGCCGAAGAAUUGUUACAGCUGCUGAGGAACCCCUUUAAACAAACGCUUACAGAUGGUGCUAUAUGGUCUGCCUUGGGCACGUCCGUGGGAUUUACUGCUUUUAUAGCUAUCGCUUUCUCGUUCCUCCGACCUUAUAACUCUGUCGUUUACGCACCGAAACUUAAACAUGCCGACGAAGAACAUGCGCCGCCUCCAAUCGGCAAAGGCUAUCUGGCAUGGAUCCCGCCCUUGUGGAGGACGACCGAGAAAGAUAUGAUCGCUCACGCAGGGAUGGACGCUGCAAUCUUCAUGAGGUUCACUAUUAUGUGCCGUAACAUCUUCCUUGUGCUUGGCGUCGUAGGAUGCGGUAUCCUGCUACCCGUAUACUAUACGCUUAAUAGCGACAAGACGGGUAACCAGAAAUGGUUCAUGAGACUCACACCUUCUAACGUCAACGAUCAACCUAUUUGGGCGGUGGUGGUUACGGCCUACCUAUUCAACUUCAUCAUCAUCGGGUUUAUCUGGUUUAACUAUAGACAAGUUUUACAGCUUAGACGGGUGUACUUUAAAACCAAGGAGUACCAACAGAGUUUAUCUGCGCGGACCUUGAUGUUAAACGACAUUCCAAAGAAAUACUCUAAUGAUGAAGGUAUUGCUAGGAUCAUUGACGAUGUUAUCCCUCACGCUUCGUUUGCUAGGACUGCUGCUGCUCGCAAUGUUAGGGACUUGCCUAGUUUGAUCCAACAGCACGAUCAUACCGUUCGGAAGCUUGAGAAGGUGUUGGCCAUAUAUCUGAAGGACCCUUCAAACCUGCCGGCUGGCCGACCGAUGUGCAGACCUUCCAAGAAGGACCCCUCUUUCACUACCUAUCCUAAAGGGCAGAAAGUCGAUGCUAUCGAAUAUCUGACUCAACGAAUUAGAGAGCUCGAAGUCGAAGUUAAAGAGGCACGAGCGAACAUAGACAAGCGCAGUACUUUGUCGUACGGCUUUGCUAGCUAUGACGACAUUUCCGAAGCUCACAGCAUCGCAUACGCCCUACGCAAGAAGAAGCCACAUGGAGCCACGAUUGUGUUAGCGCCGAGACCAAAUGACAUUAUUUGGGACAACAUGCCUCUGACACCAGCGACUCGAAGCUGGAGAAGGAUCAUUAUCAACGUCUGGAUUAUCCUACUAACGCUAAUCUGGGUUGCGCCCAGUGCGAUGAUUGCUAUUUUCUUGGUCAACUUGAGUAACUUAGGCUUAGUUUGGCCGGCAUUCCAGGCCCAGCUGUCCGGGAAUACUGGCUUCUGGUCCAUCGUGCAGGGUGUGGCUUCUCCGGCUGUGCUAUCUCUCGUCUACUUGGUACUUCCCAUCAUCUUCCGCCGUCUUUCUAUAAGAGCUGGUGACCGCACAAAGACGGGUCGCGAGCGCCACGUCGUCGGCAAGCUAUACGCCUUCUUCGUCUUUAACAAUCUUAUCGUCUUCUGUCUCUUCAGCACCAUUUGGAAUUUGGUUUCCUCGGUUGCCAACGAUCCGCAGAAAGCUUGGGAUACCUUGUCGAACUUCGGUGUAACCUUAUUCAUCUCUCUAUGCGACAUCUCCUCGUUCUGGGUCACUUGGCUGCUACAGAGAAACUUGGGUGCCGCCGUCGACUUGGCCCAAUUAUGGACUCUCAUCUACAGCUUCUUCAUGCGCAAGUUUUCGAGUCCAACGCCUAGAGAGAUGAUCGAGCUUACGGCACCUCCGUCCUUCGAUUAUGCCAGCUACUAUAAUUAUUUCUUGUUCUACGCUACGGUGGCUUUGUGCUUCGCCGGUCUCCAGCCCCUCGUCCUCCCGGCUGCCGCGCUGUACUUUUCCAUCGAUGUUUGGCUAAAGAAGUACUUAUUACUAUACAUCUUUGUCACCAAAACCGAGUCUGGUGGUAUGUUCUGGCGGGUGCUGAUCAAUCGCUUCAUUUUCGGCACGGUUCUCUCAAACUUGGUGGUAUUUUUGACGGCUUGGGUGCAUGGAGAUGGAACCCAUACGAUGGCCUUCGCAUCUGUACCUUUGCCGUUUAUCAUGGUUAUCUUUAAAGUUUACUGCUCCCGAACUUUCGAUGCCAAGAUCCACUUUUAUUCGACUCGCAACAUCCAAAAGCAUCCAGAGGGGGCAAUGCCUAAGGAUCCGUUGCGGUCGGUUGGUCUUGCUCAUCGGUUCGGUCACCCGGCCCUCUAUAAGCCUCUCAUCACGCCUAUGGUGCACGCAAAAGCCCAGAAUAUUCUGGCUUCUAUAUACAAGGGACGUCUGUCGGAUGGCCGCGAAGCCUACUCUGGAGAUACGAUGUCCACGUCCGGCUAUUCCGAUGCCUAUGUCAUGAACCCGAUGCACGCCGGCAAGCCUGGUAAGGUAGCACACCUUCCGGGAUUCGAAAUAGUACCGGAGUCGAGACUUGAUUUUGAAUAUUAUAAAACACGUGCCGAAUUCGCAUCUGAGCACGGCGGCGGCGAUAUAUUCGGUCGCUCCAAUGACAUCAUGCGCCCCGGUACACCUGGUAGUAGCAUGUGGAACGGUAGCGAACCGAAUUCUAGGUCUGGAAGCCCUACAAUUCCGAAUAUGCCUAGAAUGGAUAGCCCGGGUAGAGUGUUCUCGCCCAAUUCAGAUAUAGGCAUGACAUACCCAAGUGGAUACUCUCAACCGCUAGGUAGUCCUUACGCCGUUGAGACAGGGCCCGGUCGCUCGCGUAGUCCAUUAUACUCACAAGGAAAUGAUAGUGCAUCGAACCUGGUGGGAAAUGCGGCAGCGAUGCCUGUCGCCGCGCCUAUAUCUGGAAGAGAGCGCAGUGUAGAGCGUCCAGCCAGAGCGCCGGGUGGAGUAGGAAUGCUAGGAGGUGGUCCGCGGGGGUACGGCGGUUUACCCCAAGAAGAAGACUUCGGCCCCGAGCACCACGACCCCAUGCAAUACAACUACUUCCGAGAAGCACGGGCCCCGCGUAGAUUUUAGCCGGAGCUAAUUUCUAGCGAGACGGGAAGCGAAGGAACGAUUGUACAUACAUACGACUCAGCGUGAGAUCAUCAAAAAACAUGCGUGGCUUUUGUUUAUAGAGGGAGGGUGUUUUCCUCAGGCGGCAUACCUUGGC